CAAACAGGGUUACAUGCCCAUAUACAUAUACCAUACGCCUAAAUAAUAGAAUAUUCCCUCAAAAACCAACCCACAGUUACAAUUAUAAGCAACCACACCAAUGUCCUCCGUUUCUUCAUCAUCUUCGACUUUUCUUCUUCAUGAUUUUUUACCCUCUUUAAUAAUUCAUACAUGACUUUAGUAUAGUGUCCGGAUAAUUCAACAUUGUAUCAACGAAAAAAAUUGCAUCCACCACCGGUAACUUUUUCAAAUCUACAGUCAUAGAAUAUUCUACCCAGAUUAAAUGGUGACCACGAAAGUUUUAAAGGAGCAAUUUGGCCACAUUUGCAAUUAAAAACGGGUUCCAUUGAAAUAGCAGAAGUAGGGAGGGAGAAGAAAAGAAAUUUUCUUCAAAGGGAGGAAGAAGAUAGACGCGGCCGGAGAGGAGUUGAAAAGUGAAAUAAAUUUUUAGGGUUGGGUUUGAGAAUUUAAAUUAGGGAGUUCAUUAAGCUUUUUUUUUUGGAAUUUCACAAAAAAUCCGUUUAUUAUCGAUAGGAUGACUUAUACACGCGCGAAUCCGGAGGUGUGUUACACGCGACGGGAGAUGACUAGGUCGAGUGUUUAUUGAGUUCAAUUUUUGGUUAGUUGAAAUGUUUAAAUGAAAAGGGUGUUAGUUAUGGGUUCAAAUGGUCAUUGGGACACUUAAAAGGCGCUUUAUCUAUUUCGCCAAAAUAAAACUUGCGUUAUAUUUCUUUCUCCAUUAAAUAGAGCGAAGUCUCAACUUACCGCCGGACCUUCAUUACCGCCGAUCUCUUCUCGCUGGACUUCCAUUACCGCCGGUGAUCUCUUUCCUUGUCUCUCUCCCUUUAGAUGUAGAGGACUCGAGGAGGACAAAGUUGUAAUUCAGGGGCUGGAAGUCCAAGAAUGGUGGUGGUGUCAGGAACUAAUAAUGCCUUCGGCAAAGAAAUGGCCAUCAGAAAACGCAUUGCCAGCAUCUUUAAUAAAAGAGAAGAGGAUUUCCCGUCAUUGCGCGAGUACAAUGAUUAUUUAGAGGAAGUGGAGGAUAUGAUAUUCAAUUUAAUUGAAGGAAUAGAUGUUCCCGCUAUUGAGGCAAAGAUUGCACAGUACCAGAGAGAAAAUGCAGAGCAAAUCAUGAUUGCUCAAGCACGUAAGGCUGAAGAAUAUGCAGCAGCCUUGGCAGCCAGCAAGGGACAGCCUACACAGCCUGAUGGUGAUGCAGCUUUGGGCCAAGGCCCUCAGGCAGGGUCUAGUACUGGUCCACAAGGGCACUAUGCCCCUGCAGUUGCCGGAGGUAUAGCUCAGCCACGGCCAACACAGCCUCUUCCAGUUGGAUCAAUUCCAGGGUUAGAGUAUGAAGAUGAAGAAACGAUGAAACUAAGAGCUGAGAAGGCUGCUAGGGCUGGAGGGUGGAGUCUAGAGAUAAGCAGGAAAAGGGCACUUGAAGAAGCCUUUGGAAGCCUAUGGGUCUGAAUAUAGCUAUAUGUCUCCAAGACAGUCUUCAGCUGAGGGUGAUUCUUGCAAAAAUUCUGUGAAAUAGCUAUUCGUUCCGGAUUACUCAGAGCAGAGCAUACCAUUUAACGGAGCAGCAUUCCAGCAUUCGGCAUGGCAUUUUUUGUUCUUAGAUGGUAUCUUGUAAAACUUUCCAAAUUCUGGCUUGUCAUUAAAUAUCUUUGGUCUUUGUUAGACCUCAGUUUGCGUCUCCACAUGGUCUUUGACUCUCCGCAUGGACUGUGGACAUCAUGCUAUUUAUUCUGGGGAAUUUUGGUUCUUAUCUAACUAAUUUUCUUUUUUGAGCUCUAUAUUUCCUUUUAUGCACAAUUUAGGUUCCACAUUACUUUGUUCUGGAUUAAACUGGGCUAGCAAGCUUACCAGUAUUUGGCACUUC